AUGAAUGAUCGAUAUGGAAGUGGACCGGGAGUGUUGUGCAAAGUUUGUGGCGAUAGAGCUUCAGGUAAAAUAAUUUUAGAAUUGAGCUUGAUUCUUCUAAACAAUCACAAAAUUUGUAAUAAAAUUAUUAAAAAAAUUCAUCUAAAUUCCACAGGAAAGCAUUAUGGAGUUCCCAGUUGUGAUGGAUGUCGUGGAUUCUUCAAGCGAAGCAUAAGAAGAAAUCUUGAAUAUGUCUGCAAGGAAGGUGGAAAAUGUGUGGUCGAUGUAUCAAGGCGUAACCAAUGUCAAGCAUGUCGCUUUGCCAAAUGCAUUCAAGCCAAUAUGAGACGAGAAGCGGUACAACAUGAACGAGCGCCGAAAAUUCCAAAUGUUACGCAAUCAAAUCAAUCAUUGACUUAUGCCAACAUUUAUGGUGCAAGACAUCAGGAAGGAAUUUUUCCAUUUCAAAUGCAUUUGUCGUCACCUUUAACAUUUCCACUUGACAAUUACUACAUCCCAUCGCCAUAUUAUCCGCAUUUAACCGAGUCAUUGAACUUGAAGUUUACACAAAAUGUUUACAAGCCUCACGUGUUGACAACAUCGAGUUACGAUUUGGAGAUUGAAAAAAUGUUGACAAGCAACUUACUCAUGCGGAAGACGAAUAUUGGAGAGGUGAAAAACACUGAAAGCAGCGAAAAGAUAACAAAGGAAAAAGAGAACGAAGUGACAAGUUCUGAAGAGAUUCAACUCCUUCCAUUGAACGAUUCAAAUCGCUUGAAAUCAACUCAAACUUUGUAUGAUUCAGCGACAAAGCUUUUGUUUCUUUCGAUAAGAUGGGCGAAAUCAAUUCCAUCAUUUAAUCAACUGCCGAUUUGUGAUCAAAAGAAAAUGCUGAACGAGUCAUGGGCCGAACUUUUCGUUGUUGCUGCAUCGCAAUGGGGACUUACAAUAAAUGAGGAAUUGCUGGUCUCUGUGCCAUUCUUGAGAACUCUUCAGAACGUCAUCAAACAUUUUGCUUCACUUAAAGUCGAUCAUUUUGAAGCUGCGUGCUUAAAAGCGUUGAUUCUCUUCCGCAGUGAUGCGGCUGAAAGUUAUACAUCGAUGAACCAAAUUGUUCUGCUUCAAAAUCAAACACUUUGUUUGCUUAUUGAAAAAUGUGGCAGUUUACGUUACGGUCAUCUUCUUUUGAUGCUUCCUCCAAUAAAGUUUGCUGGAAAUGCGCAGAAUCUUCAGGAAGUCUAAGGUUGAUUGAAGAGUUUCGAUCAUGAAGUUUUUCAUAACUUUAUCAAUUUCCUUUGGAAUUAUUUCGCUCAUUUCCACUGUUUCAAGUGCACCACAAAACUUUGACGUAAACCAAGCACAGAGACAAUUGGAGAAUGAUUUUCUUCAAUUUUUAACAACUGUAAGAAAGCAAUGGAAAUGUGUUGGCGAUAUAUGUGAAGAAACAUUAAUAAAGUGCAGCAAUAACAAUUGCGACACCACAAAGAAUCGAUUCAGUGCUGACGAGUAUCGAAUCAACACCCCAGUUAUUAAAAAUCCAUCACCUGACAUUUUUCAAAAUUUCCAAUUUCCACAAUUCCCUCAACUUCCACAAAUUGACAUUGCAUCGCGUUUUGACAACACUGGAUUGAUUGAUAUCAUUACAAAUCCAAAAGACGCGUCGCAAUAUUGGGCCAACUCAAAACAAAUUAAUAAAAAUUGUCACGACAAUAUUUGUGAAAUUAAAACCAGAACAUGUCAAAAUGGAGUUUGCGACGAGAAAAUUGUGUCAGAAAAUAUUUAACAAAAUUAAUUUUAAGCUUUAAAUUUUUACAAUUCAUCAAUAUUGCUUUUAACAAAACAAGAAAACAGAUUUAAAUCCUAAUUUUAUUACGUCUCGAUGUAAAUAUUUUUAAUGAAAUUCGAGAAUGUUCAACAGAUGUUCAUUGAUGGUUAAAUAAAAAUUUUUAUGUUUUAAUAACAGCUUUUUUUAUCGAGAAUAUCGAUCAAGAUAACAUUUAAAUGCUUCUUUUUUUAAUCAUCAUUUAUAAUUGCUGAAUUACUCUUCAAACUUUCUGGAAAGCGCGUGAUAAAUCGUGCAAUGUUAAAAUUAUAAAAAACUGAGUUUAAUAAUUCUAGAAUCAUUGUCAACAAUGUUUCACCUCGUUGAACACAAAACACCCUGAAAUCGAAGGCUCGCCGGAAAUUGACGAUUCUACUGAACUUCUUACUCCUUCGUAUCCAACUGGCAAGAAUAUUGGUGGAACAACUUUCAAUAUUCAAUCUUACAGUAAAGUUGUUCAUUGCAUCAAUGGGAAAUGUGAAACAACGACUUGUAUAAACGGUUCUUGCACAACAAAUUAAAGUUAUUGUUGUGAUGUGAAGUGUGAAUAUGUAAAGUACAUCAGAAGCUCAAUAAAGAAGUUUCUUUAACUUCCAAUUUAUUCAUUUUU